AUGGAACAAUUUGAUUUUACAAAACCAACACCAUUUUAUGAUAUAAUUCUUAAUAUCGAAGAUAAAAAACUAUAUUGUAAUCGUGCAUUACUUGCUAUAUGGUCACCUGUAUUUGAAACAAUGUUUAAAUCAAAUUUUCGUGAACGUGAUUCCAUGGAAAUAAAUUUACCAGGAAAAUCAUUUGAUGAUAUUAAAGAAUUACUUGCUGUUAUUUAUCCACCUAAUCGACCCAUUGUUGCAACAAAUAUUCAACGUUUACUUGAAUUAGCUGAUGAAUACCAAAUGAUUGAAUUAACAAAACGUUGUCAAGCUUAUUUAAUGCAACAACGUGGUACAGUUGAUUCAUUAUUAUUAGCACAAAAAUAUAAUUUCGAUGAUGUUAUUCGUCGUUGUGCUGAUCAUUUAAAACAUAAUCUUAAUUUAAAUCUUUUACCAAAUUGUGGUAAUGCUGAUCCACGUUUAAAUGAAUUAUCAUUAAAAACAAUCAAUUUAUUAUUAGUUUCACGCGUUAAACAUUUAGAAACUGUACUUGAAUCAUAUAAACGUAAAGUAACAACAGCAAAUGAUAAAUUUCGUAAUAUAAAAGAUUUACCUGGUCAUAAUGAUGAAUGUGAUCAUUGUUCAAGACAUGAAGCACAUUCAAUUGAAUGUUACGAUUGUAUGAGAAUGGUACGAGCUAUUAUUAAAAAAUUAAGUGAAGAAGGUUUUGAAGAAACAGAUUAA